AUGGAGCCAGCUCCUCAGGGAACCGGGCAGCAACAGGGCCGGCAGCAGCAGCAGCAGCCUGUGUACGAUAUCAGGAAUGGGGGCCACUAUGGCGCAAGCGCGGCGCUCUCUGCGCAAGGAUAUGCCCCAGUCGCUGAACUCUACACUGGUACCUGGGCCAAUGUAAACCAAGGUCUCCAAGGCACGGCCCGCGAUAUCCUGACGACCUAUUGGCAGCACGUCAUCAACCAUCUGGAAUCGGACAAUCAUGACUAUAAGAUCCAUCAGUUGCCGCUUGCCCGUAUCAAGAAGGUGAUGAAGGCGGACCCGGAGGUUAAGAUGAUCUCUGCGGAGGCUCCGAUUUUGUUCGCCAAGGGUUGUGAUAUCUUCAUCACCGAGCUGACGAUGCGCGCUUGGAUUCAUGCCGAAGAUAACAAGCGCCGUACCCUGCAGCGUUCUGACAUUGCUGCGGCUCUCUCAAAGUCGGACAUGUUCGACUUCCUGAUCGAUAUCGUCCCCCGCGAAGAAGCGACAUCCCAUGCUAAGCGAUCGAGCCAGGCUGCUGGAGCGGCUCCAGGGCCUUCCGCUACGCCUGGCCAGAUGCCACCCACCCAACAUGGAGUUCAGCCACACAUGGGCCCUGCGGAUUACGGCUCCCUUGGACAGCAUGGUCUCCCUCAGGACCAGGAAUACCGCCCUCAGCCCGCCAUGUACCCAGGGACAGUUCAAUCAGACCCGACGGCCUCGUAUGGCCAGCCUCCAUCCCAGAUGUUCGAGGGGAUGUAUGCCUACCCGCACCUUCCACCUCAGCAGUGA